UUUUGACUGCAACAGAGAAAUUUGUUCACGGUUAGUUAGGGCGGGAACUUAUUUGAGUCUCACUGCUUGAGGAAGCAUAUUUAAAAGCAGCUACUGCAGAAAAGAUGGGGAAAUCCUUCUUGACAUUUCCAUGAGGAAGGCAACAGGCCCUGGACACCAAAAUUUCCAGCAACUAAAUUCUUUCUUCAGAAAGAAAGAAUUGGAACAACCAGAGAAGUUUCCUUUUUCCUAGAAGGAAUGGAUGUUUAGAAGAGGCUGAGGAGGACAAAGGAUACGGAUCCUCAGGAGCUAGAGAGUCGCCGUGAGCUACGUUGUUGAAGAACCGAGCAAAAAACAGAAACAGCAAACGGGAGGACUCCUGACUGAAAAAGAAGCAGAAUUUUCCUCAAGAAGGGCAACUCUGAGUAUUAUCAUGUUUGGCUACCCAACAGCAGAGGCAAUGAGCUGGCUCCACAGGGGCUAUGGGAACUCCCAAGGGACCACAGGGCAAUUGAAAAGCCGUCUGGAUGAUCUGAAAAAGCCCUGGAGGGUGGAAAUCACCCCUUCAAUGCUGCAGCAUAGCGAGACGGCCAGGCUGGCUGUGGACGCCUUUCUGGAACAGGGAGAAGGUGGCUACCGGCAAGCCAUUACUAAGGAAAAGGAGCUGCCAUUUCUUUCCACGUUAGAUAUGGAUUACAUGAGCCAACAUAGUCAAAGUAUCACAGGGUCUCCGAUUAAAAGACGAGAAUCAGGGCUGACGAGAGAAGACAGUGGUGACGGGGCUUCCCUCCUCUCUGGAGUCACAUCUGGGACAUACUUCCCAUUUAUGUCAGACAUCGAUCCCCCAGAUCUGGAGCUUGGUUGGCCAGAGGUUCCCACGGUCUCAUCAUUUGGCCAAACAGAAGUCACUUUGUAUUUCCAAAGGGACAAGACACACAAUGUAAAGGAAUUACUUCGGUCUCUGAUAGGCAAGGCCAAGACAGUGAUUGCAAUUAUGAUGGAUCUCUUCACAGACAUGGAGAUACUCAGUGACCUGAUGGAGGCAUCAAGCAGACGCCGUGUUCCGGUUUACCUGAUUCUUGAUGAAAAGAACUUGAGACACUUUGCAGAAAUGUGCAAUAAAAUGGAUCUCACUAUGGAUGACUUCCCAAAUAUGCGCAUACGCUGUGUGAGUGGGGACACAUACUACAGCAAAGCUGGCAAGAAGCUUACAGGACAAGCACUUGAGAAAUUUGUGUUGAUAGAUGGCGAAGAAGUCCUUGCAGGGACCUACAGUUUUACGUGGCUGUGCAGUCAAGUCCACACUGGCCUGGUGACACACUUCAAAGGAAAAAUUGUUGAGGACUUUGACAGAGAGUUCCGAUGUAUAUAUGCCGAGUCUAGAUCCGUGAAUAAACUCAGUAUCCCCAAAGCUGAAAAUUCCACACCCUCUCCUCACAGAUUGUUGCAGAAACUUGAGCCAGUUUCCAAGCGUAUUCAAAUGAAUGAGAGCGAGACCACAAGCCCCUCAACUAGCCUCUCAAAUUCAAGCGUAGUAAGCAUAAGAAGAUCACCAUAUCUAGACCUAACAACUUCUAAUGCACACUGUGAAAUUAAAGAAUGGACUCCCGGUGAAACAAGAAUGAAUGUUUCAGGCUUCCUGGGACUUAAUGACUUGAAAUACCAGCCUAGGGAGCUGCCAGACUCUAGCUGCAGUGCAUCAGCUAAAUUAAAUGAUGCACCUAAUCUACUAAGACUUAAGACAUCUUUGCUGUCAACAUCUUCACCAAUACUAAGCAACAACACAAGAAAUGGGCACGAUUUGAAGCUUCUGCCUGAGAGUAUAGGAAUGAAAGUCAACAAGAAGUUCCCUUAUACAGUUCAAGCUAUGGAAGAUGUAAACAAAAUACAGAAGGAUGAAAAACCAGCAACUCACGGCUACAGCAAACUAGAUCUCAGUAACAAGCCUACUAAAUCAGUACAUUUUGAGCCGAGGACAAUGGAUUCUAGUUCCUAUUGCUCCUCUGAUGAUGCGCCAAUGAAAAACAACAGCAAAAUACACAGGGAUGAAAAAAGGAUGACUCUUGGUCACAGUAAAUUGGAUCUCAUUACCAACUAUAACAAGUCAAAACCAAAGCUGGUUCACAGUCGAUUUGAGAUGUAAUUUUGUAUUAUCAUUUUAGCAAAAACAUAUGAUCUCAUUCAAAUGGUUAAUUAUAUCUGUAAUAAUACAAAAAUAUGGAAGUCCCAAAUCUCCCAUUCAUAGUUGGUGUAUCAGACUUAGUUUUAAAAAACAAAAAA